AAGGGGAACAUGUCGAGGCUUCUCAUGGUAGUCCACACAGCAGUAGUGCUGCUGUUAUUACCCGUUAACUUCAGCGAUGCUGCACAACAAACUACUCAGAAAAAAGUGUUGGAGUCGAUAAAAGAUCAGUUUACCCUCAUCCAGACAUCGCUUGAUAGGCUGAUGGAUUUAGUUAUCCAUUCAGUCACCAGCCCGUCUAGUGAGGCAACUACUGCAGCUGUAGGAAAUGUCACAGCUACGACAGACACACUGUCAUCAAUUACUGCAGCUACAGGAAAUGCCACAGCUACAACAGACGCACAGACAUCAACCACCACGCCAUCUACAACACAGACAUCAACCACCACACCAUCUACAACACAGACAUCAACCACAACACCAUCUACAACACAGACAUCAACCACCACAUCAUCUACAACACAGACAUCAACCAGCACAUCAUCUACAACACAGACAUCAACCACCACAUCAUCUACAACAGACAUCAACCACCACACCAUCUACAACACAGACAUCAACCACCACACCAUCUACAACACAGACAUCAACUACCACAUCAACAACCACACCAUCAACAACACAGACAUCAACUACCACAUCAACCACCACACCAUCAACAACACAGACAUCAACUACCACAUCAACCACCACACCAUCAACAACACAGACAUCAACUACCACAUCAACCACCACACCAUCAACAACACAGACAUCAACCACCACACCAUCAACAACACAGACAUCAACCACCACACCAUCAACAACACAGACAUCAACCACCACACCAUCAACAACACAGACAUCAACCACCACACCAUCAACAACACAGACAUCAACUACCACACCAACAACACAGACAUCAACUACCAAAUCAACCACCACACCAUCAACAACACAGACAUCAACCACCACACCAUCAACAACACAGACAUCAACCACCACACCAUCAACAACACAGACAUCAACUACCACAUCAACAACACAGGCAUCAACUACCACAUCAACAACACAAACAUCAGCCACUACACCAUCUACAACACAGACAUCAACCACUACACCAUCUACAACACAAUCAACUACCACAUCAACAACACCAUCAACACAGACAUCAACCACCACACCAUCAACAACACAGACAUCAACCACCACACCAUCAACAACACAGACAUCAACUACCACAUCAACAACACAGGCAUCAACUACCACAUCAACAACACAAAACAUCAGCCACUACACCAUCUACAACACAGACAUCAACCACUGCACCAUCUACAACACAAUCAACUACCACAUCAACAACACAAACAUCAACCACCACACCAUCAACAACACAAUCAACUACCACAUCAACAACACCAUCAACACAGACAUCAACCACCACCACAUCAAUUACCCCACCAUCUACAAAAUCUGAAGCAGCUAGACUGCGAUCUCCCAGACUUCGAAGUUUCCUGGCUGAAGAGAACGAUUCAAAAUUUUGCCUCUCAACCUCAAACGAGACUGAAUUCCUGUGUUCCCAGCUGACCAUCACACUGGAUGGCAUUCAGGAAGUGAACCAGGAGGUGAACGAUGGCCACGCCACGCAAGACCAGCUGGACAAACUUGAGGGAUACUCAGAAGACCUCGAUGUCAUUGUGAGCCAAGCAAAUGAGAACCAGAUCUUCGUGGAGAACCUCAACAAGGAAGUUCUCCUUCAAGAAGUCACUCAGCUC